GCCAAAUCAAUGACUGUGAAAGAAGCACUGAGGAAAUGGGAAGAAAAGAGUGGAGAGAAGGCGAGUGAAGCUAAAGACAUCAAACUGUACGGUCAGAUUCCUCCCAUAGAGAAGAUGGAUUCUUCUCUUUCCUCGCUCACCAGCUGCGAGAAGCUGUCGCUUUCCACGAACUGUAUUGAGAAAAUAACCAACCUCGAUGGUCUCAAGAACCUGAAGAUAUUGUCAUUAGGCAGAAAUAAUAUAAAGACACUUGCUGGGCUG